AUGGCGAAGGUUUCUAAUACUUCCGUGGUUCUCCUAAUGAUGCUCAUCGCGGCAUGGAGGACGACGCCGGUGCUGUCCCAUGCGAAGCCGGAGCUGGAUUACGGGCCCGCGCCGACGAAGGAGAUCCCGGCGCCAAGCGUGGCGGUUAGCAAGGGAGGCGCGGUGAGCGGCCACAACCAGGCGGCCGCCGACGCCGCGGUUCUGCUGAGGGCCAAGGAAGAGAUGGCGAAGCGCAUGGUGAAGCACGUCGAGAUCAUCAUCAACAGCGUGAAGCUCGUGGUCCAGCUCAAGGCGGCGCUGCUGAUCAAGUCGGCGGAGUUCAUGACCGCCAUGGCCGGCGAGGUCUCGAUGCACCUCACCCAGGUCGCCCAGGCGCACGCCCAGGCCGCCGCGACCAACUGCGUGGCGGCGCUCAAGCUGCAGCAGGAGAUCCUGCGGAAGGCCUCCGAGAGGUGCAGGGCCGUCUCCCAGGACGUUGCCAUGACGCACAAGGCCAGGCAGGAGGCCCUGAACGGCGUCGCCCACGACCUUGUCAAAGUUGCAGGAGACAUUGCCGCCAGCAUGAGGACCAUGGCUGAGGCUGCCGCCGGGGUGGCCGGUGGGGUAUCGAUCGGCAUCCAUUUCCGUGCUGGCAUCGACGCUCACGCUGGUGCUAAAGCUAAUGCGGCCGCUGCUGCUGGUGCUGGUGCUGGGGCCCAGGUUAGCGGCGGGGCUGGAGGGGAAGCCGUGGCAAGCAAGGGCGCCAGCAUCAGUGCAGGCGGUAGCGGCGAUGCCGGUGCCGUUGCCGGAGUCGGUGGCGAUGCAGUUCUUUCUGGAGGCGCAACCAAGAGCGCCAGCGCAGGAGGAUACACUGGCGGCAGUGCUGAUGCUGGUGCCGGAGUCGGUGGUGAUGCCGCUCUUUCUGGAGGCGCAAAGGUCGGCGGUGGCGUCGGGGGUAAAGCUGAUGCCGGCGUCGGCGCUGGUGUCUCGGGAGGUGCUACAAUUGGUGGCGGUAUCUCCGCGGGUGCUAAGAUCGGUGCUGGAGUAGGAGGCGGCAUUGGUGCGGGUGGUAGAGCUGGUGCUGGUGCUAGAGCGGGUGCGGGCGCGGGCGGUGGCGCUGGCGUUGGCAGCGGCGCUAACAUUGGCGCUGGUGCUGGCAUAUCUGGAGGAGCUAGAGUUAGCGGUGGCAUUCGAGGAACCGUUGGAGGUGGAGCCAAAGUUGCUGGCGGUGCUGGUGCUGGUGCAGGUGGGAUUGUUGGUGGCGGUGCUGGUGCAGGUGGGAGUGUUGGUGGCGGUGCUGGAGGAUACGCCGGCGGAAGUGGUGGCGCCAGUGCUGGUGCUGGAAUUGGCGCGAACGCUGGUGUCAACGCAGGUAUCGGUGCUAAAGUUAGCGCGGGUGGUAGCGGUGGCGCGAGUGCUGGUGCGGCUAUCUCCAAGGGUGCCACCGUCGGUGGCGGCGUUGGAGGAAGCGCUGGCGGGAGUGGCGGUGCUAGUGCCGGUGGUGGUGUCUCUGGAGGCGCCAAAGUUGGCGGCGGUGUCGGAGGAAACACAGGAGGGAGAGGCGGUGCCUACGCUGGAGCAGGCGGCAGCGGCGGCGCCGGCGCCGGCGGCAGCGCGAGUGUUGGUGGGGGUGCGGCAGCUGGUGGUUCAGUCGAUGCUUCUGGUGGAGCAAAGGAUGGCGCGGAGGCUACCAAGUUAGCCGGAGGCGGAGGGGAUUUUGGUUAUGGUUCAUCGGCCAAGGAGCUCUAA